AAACCAACCGUCUUAAAACUUACAACUUUACCAUUGGGCAAUACAACUGCAAUGGGCCAAGAAGUUAAUUUAAAGUUAAGAGCAAAUUCAUUUGGACCACCUUUUGUUACAGAUGCUUCACUUUGGACCACAUACCACCCAUCUCUCUUCUCGAGCAUGAACAAUCUCGAUUACAUUGGCUCCUACUCAUCAAUAAACUCUCACAUAUAUAUGUAAAACCAUUCAUCGGUAUAUGACAAGUUAUAUAUGGAUAAAAGAGUUGAGGAUGGGUAAGAAUAAUAACCGGUAUAAAGUGAGAACAUUGAUAAACAUCGCUAAUAAAAGUUCGUCUAUAGUAAAAUUUACUCUAAAAUUAAAUCACCUAAUAUUUUAAUAUUUUUUUGUACAAAUGGACCGUUUCAAUGGGGCUUUAUCAGAUUUAGUUGAGAUGCAUACAUGGUAAGCACCGUCAUAAUCUUGCCCAAGAGCUGACCCAACUCAUUAAAAUUACGCUUCUUUUACGACUUAAUAAAUCAAGAAGAAACCAUUGAAAUCCAGCCUGCCCCGACUGUCUCGUAACAGAAAAAUAACUCAGCAACGACUAAAUUAUGAUUUUAAAAUGGCAAAAAUAUCAAAGCACGUUCGAAACAAUCGCAAGAUUGGCAAGUAAACUCUCCUGCUUGCUUGCUCACAACCACAUCAGAUCAUUGAUCAAUGUUUCAUCAGCUCAUCACUUCUGCAUGCAUGUUAUAUUCUUCUCAGGGCUCCACAAUUUACAAAGCUGCUCGAAGAUCUUCUUUGCAGUGCAAAGCAAUCUGCAAGAUUAUUCAAGACAUCUACUCUUGAUCUACCAUUGAGCUAACUCCGGAUAUAUAAACAGACCGAACGUUUCGUCCCAGGGGAAUGUGAAAGUUAGCGAAUUUGCCCGGCGAAAAUGGCAGCACUUGGCCGCGCGAGCUCGUCGGCGCCGGUGCUUGCCGCCGCCGCCGCCGUGCUCCUCUCGCUCUGCCUCGCCGCGCUCUCGGAAGAGCAAGAGCAACUGGAGAACCUGCGGUUCGUGCGGCACGCGCAGGACGCGCCGCUGGUGUCGAGCUACAACUACAUCGUCAUCGGCGGCGGCACGGCGGGGUGCCCGCUGGCGGCGACGCUGUCGGAGCACUCGCGCGUGCUGCUGCUGGAGCGCGGCGGCCUGCCGUACGCCAACAUGUCGAGCGAGCAGCACUUCACGGACGCGCUGGCCGACACGUCGCCGGCGUCGCCGGCGCAGCGGUUCAUCUCGGAGGACGGCGUGGUGAACGCCCGGGCGCGGGUGCUCGGCGGCGGGAGCUGCCUCAACGCCGGGUUCUACACGCGGGCGAGCAACGAGUACGUGCGCGCCUCCGGGUGGGACGCGCGGCUGGUGAACUCGUCGUACCGGUGGGUGGAGCGCUCGCUGGUGUUCCGCCCCGACGUGCCGCCGUGGCAGGCGGCGCUCCGCGACGCGCUGCUCGAGGUCGGCGUCACGCCCGACAACGGCUUCACCUUCGACCACGUCACCGGCACCAAGAUCGGCGGCACCAUCUUCGACAACUCCGGCCAGCGCCACACCGCCGCCGACUUCCUCCGCCACGCCCGCCCCCGCGGCCUCACCGUCCUCCUCUACGCCACCGUCUCCCGUAUCCUCUUCAAAAGCCAAGACGGGGUGCCGUACCCGGUGGCGUACGGGGUGGUGUUCUCGGACCCGCUGGGGGUGCAGCACCGGGUGUACCUCCGCGACGGCGACAAGAACGAGGUGAUCGUGUCGGCGGGGACGCUGGGGAGCCCGCAGCUGCUGAUGCUGAGCGGCGUCGGGCCGCAGGCGCACCUGGAGGCGCACGGCAUCGAGGUGAUCGUGGACCAACCCAUGGUCGGGCAGGGCGUCGCCGACAACCCGAUGAACUCGGUGUUCAUCCCGUCGCCGGUGCCGGUGGAGCUCUCCCUGGUGCAGGUCGUCGGCAUCACCCGCUCCGGCAGCUUCAUCGAGGGGGUGAGCGGGUCGGAGUUCGGCAUGCCGGUGUCGGACGGCGCGCUCCGGUGGGCGCGCAGCUUCGGGAUGCUGUCGCCGCAGACGGGGCAGCUCGGCACGCUGCCGCCGAAGCAGAGGACGCCGGAGGCGCUGCAGCGGGCGGCGGAGGCGAUGAUGCGGCUGGACAGGAGGGCGUUCCGGGGAGGCUUCAUCCUGGAGAAGAUCCUCGGGCCGGUGUCCUCCGGCCACGUCGAGCUGCGAACCACCGACCCGAGGGCGAACCCGUCGGUGACGUUCAACUACUUCCGCGAGGCAGAGGAUCUGGAGCGGUGCGUCCAUGGCAUCGAGACGAUCGAGCGGGUGAUCCAGUCGCGGGCCUUCUCCAACUUCACCUACGCCAACGCCUCCGUCGAGUCCAUCUUCACCGAUUCCGCCAACUUCCCCGUCAACCUGCUGCCGCGCCAUGUCAACGACUCGCGCUCGCCGGAGCAGUACUGCAUGGACACCGUCAUGACCAUCUGGCACUACCACGGCGGCUGCCAUGUCGGCGCCGUCGUCGACGACGAUUACCGGGUGUUCGGGGUGCAGGGGCUCAGGGUGAUCGACAGCUCCACCUUCAAGUACUCCCCCGGCACCAACCCUCAGGCCACCGUCAUGAUGCUCGGCAGGUAUAUGGGUGUGAAGAUUCAGUCCGAGAGAUGGAAGAAAUGAUGAACAAAAGAUAAUUUCGUUUCAGGAGCAAAAAAAUGCAUGUAAUUCAAGGAAAAGAAAAUGUUCAACUGUCUUUAGAGUUUAGAGUAGAUUUUAUUUGCACCCACUUAAUUUUUACUCUUCUCUAGACAUAGGUUCAGUAUCUGCUUGUUGAUUAUGUAACCUUGAAGAAGCAUUGCAAAAACAAAGCGGAAACUUAUGUUACCAAGGGCAUGACGAAGAAAUAAAUGGAUUAGAUUUCAUUGACACUUAGAAAAUGGAACCAGCAAAUCAAGGCUGAAAAUAAUUACACUAGAAACUUAUUUUAAUGGCUUUACAUGUCGCUACAUACUUAAAUCAAUCAAAGUUGCUACCAAAGCCAUGUUCCCUAAACAGAGGGUUCCGGGCUUUCAAACAUUCUUAAUCUUCUAUACAUUGAUAAAAAGUAUACAUAAAAAGAAAACCUAUUAAGAUGGAAAUGUUGAAUUCUCUUAAGAAAGGCAUAAAAAAUGCAGGGUAAUAACCUUUUCUUGUCAUGUCCUACUUGGUUUCAACCUAUAUUGCUAGCAAAAUUUUCACGCUAUCUAUAACCUCAGGAAGCAGAAUAGCUCAGAAUCACUAGCAAUUGUAUACUUACAGAUAAUCGAAAUUCAUAUUGUGAGGUUUUCUUGGAUGGCUCGGAAUGAUCCACAGAUGUUACCACCCAUGUCUGGGAAUGACGUACAUCCUGGCAAGGGUUUCACCUUGCCCUUACGGUCAACAC